AUGGAGGCGUGGCCAGUUACAGACCUCGACAAAAUCGCCAAGGGGUGGAAAACUGCCAUGAAAUACUCCAAGGAGCGUCUUCAACGGGUGCAUGACCUCGCAGCUGAUGAACUGGAUGACGCUAUCAAUGAUGGGCACUUGGUUCUCGAGACUGUGUGCUUGUUUGUUCACGCUUGCAUCAGACACAAUCAGUACAAACUUCCUCUAUCGUUUUGGCGAGUCCUCCAUGCUGAAUACGGUAUCAUCGUCUAUCCCACAGCAUUCACAGAAGACAUCGAUAUUCGAGGCCUUAACAUGGACGUUACGUUUACCGAGGCUUACAAUGGACACAUCGUGAUGUAUGGUGGAGCGCGCGGGAUCAAAUACCCUCCCCGAUGUCCCAUUGAGCUCAUACGAGAACCUCCGCCUGCCUACCAGAAGGAAACACCAAAGAUAGAGUUGUGA